AUGUCUCAUUCGAUCAUACGCUUCCCGCCUCCUCCGCCUACCCGCAAUAACUUAACAGCAGAGCAGCGCGCACAGCUUAUGCGAUCCAACAAGAAGCUUGGGCAAGUACUCGGGAGUACGCCCCAUAUUGUAGACUUCUCUCUUCAAUCGGUGCCCUUGCAUGUGAAUAUCCCUGCUCGUCGCUCAGACGAUAUAUUGCGUAGCAAUUCCCUUAAGAGUCAUACACGGGCGAAGUCACUUCCUCAAAUUGAUGAGAACAGUGAGGGCGAGCGCUCUUCUUCACCUGCAUCGCCCCGUCCCAGCUCUUCUCGCUCGUCUCGUUCUUCCUCCAAGAAUAGCAUCCAUUCUGUCGAUAGCGAACGGGCGUGGCGAACCCCAUAUCAUCCCGCUCAGCGCCCACCUCUCCUCAAACUUUUCCCUGCAGACACAACACCUACUUCGAUGCCAGAGGCAUUGUUCGCUACUGAAGCAGAACGCAGUUUCCCUGACUCGCCCACAGCUCCAACGUUCGAUAUCGCCUCGGAGGCAUCUCUGCGGAUGCGCAAGAUGCGCAGACUUACGCGCAAGCUUGGCGAGGGCAUUCCCAUAGAGCUCGUCUUUCCUCCUUCCGUCUCGGACGUCGACUCUGAUGACGAGGAAUCACCGUUGCUCACGACACCAUCUUCAGAUCAUAAACUGCCUUUUUCUAAGGCUUUGCCCGCGAUCCCCGAAGGUGCACUACCGAGCCCUCCACUUCGCACACGCCACGAAGCACAAGAGCAGUCCGUGCGGACAUCAAGUUUCGUGCAAGAUAGGAAGCGAGACUCGUACCGGGACGCCGUUUACGUGGUGGACAGCCCAGAUGAGCAUGGGUUGGAAAGGGGGCUUGAGAAUCUCUGCAUCGGCAUUUCAACCUCAAGUGACAAAACGCGGAACAAGCCGUCCAAGCAUUCCGGGAAGUCGACCAAGGGUCAGAAGGUUUGUGUUGGUGUGUCUGCCAGCGCUGGGCUUAGUGGGCAGGGCCGUAGUCGGCGUUGGGUCGAGGGACCGAUUCCGUUCGAUCAGAUUGCUGGGUCAUGGAGUGGUCGGGGUUGGUAG